CAUCACACUCCACUUGCGCGUUCAAGAUGCGAGAUUUGCCUGAGCAACAGUUCCUCUCGCUACAGGCCUACAUUUGAUUCUGUUCGGUUAGUGAGAGAACAUUCUCCAAAAUUCUGCUACCUAACAAAUUAUAUUUAAUUUUCUAUUUUUCCAUGUGGAUAUAUCAUUCACUCAUUUGAUUAGUAUAAUGAGGGGUCUUGGCUUUGAAGCCUGCUUAUUGUCGUUGACACAGCUAUGCAUCCUCAGUUGCAUAAUGCAAACAGUUCUUACGCAGGAUGCUUCGUCAUCAGCAGCUUUAAGACAGAGAAUGCCAUGGCAACACAACGGGCAGGUGUUUAGUAUACUUAGCCACGGUUCUGAAUAUCAGCCAUCGGGACGAAGAGACCGAAAAACAGGUUCAGCUCAACGGAAUCACAUAGUUGUCGUUAUCAACAAUAAUGAGACGGCUGAAGAGACGAAUGUGCACAGAUACCCUGCGCCAAGAGGCUCUCCAAGGCGGCCAGCGCCGGGUGUGCAAUUACGCACCGCGCGUCGACGUCCUAAUGGGGCGAUUAGACAUGAAAGACCCCAAGAGAACCGGGAGACUGCUUCAAGACCUUCACCAUCAACUCCCACCGACGACAAACCCACAUCUACUAACUCUCCACCACUGACUAAUUUGAGAAGAGAGGAUAUGAUGGUUGGAGAUGACCCGAACAACCCCUAUAAAUCCAUUGGUUAUAAUCCCUAUAACCCUUAUUAUAAUUAUUAUGAUGCGUACUACAGACCUAGAGCCAGAAGCAGAGAGCCGCAUGGUUAUGGCACAAGUUAUCAUCAACACGGAGGUCUCCCUGACUUGGUGCCUGACCCAUACUAUAUUCAAGUUUCCUCCUAUAUCCAGAGGUUGCCCAUGUACAAUCUGAGAUGUGCAGCCGAGGAAGGUUGCCUCGCAAGUUCUGCUCAGGGCGUGGCCGACUACGACACCCGGGUGCUGCUGCGGUUCCCCCAGCGCGUGAAGAACCAGGGCACUGCUGACUUCCUGCCCAGCAAACCUCGCUAUGCCUGGGAAUGGCACAGCUGCCAUCAUCACUUCCAUAGCAUGGACGAGUUCAGUCUGUACGAGCUGCUGGAGGCCGGCUCAGAGAGGAGCGUUGCCGAGGGACACAAGGCCAGCUUCUGUUUGGAGGACACGUCAUGUGACCCGGGAUACUACAGACGCUUCGCCUGCACGUCUCACACUCAGGGAUUGAGUCCUGGAUGCUAUGACACCUAUAAUGCCGAUAUUGACUGCCAGUGGAUUGACAUUACUGAUGUGACACCUGGGAAGUAUAUCCUUAAGAUCACUGUAAACCCAGGUCACCAGGUCCCAGAGUCCAACUUUGACAAUAAUGUUGUUCGUUGCAGUGUUCAAUACAGUGGCACCUCUGUCCAGGUUUCAGGGUGUACUGUUACAUCGUACUAAGAACAAAGGAAACACCACCGAAGAAGCUUUACGAUGAUUUGCAAAACAAGACGACAACCAACAUGGACGGACGAUCAAAUAUGAAGACAUUAUUGUUUACAGUAUUUUAUGGUCUGAGUUUCCUGCAAUGCGUAAAACAUAUUUCUUUAUUUUAUUUUUUACUUUAUGAAUAUUCCUGGUUUAAACAAUAUCAUAUUACACUAUUCACCUUUCUUUUUUUAAAGCAUAAUGUGCAAAGUUGAUAGAGACAAAGGUCAUGGAUGAGAAAGACUGUAGUAAGUAUUUCACUGUUGACGAAGCAUGUGACAUAACAUUUGAUUUUAAAUUUCAUCAUCACAAGCAUCAUUUUGUUUGGAAUGGUAAAAGGUUUCAUUGAUUUGUUGUGGUAUACAUUAUACAUAAAAUGGUUGUUUCGGUGCUAAUUUAAGAUCGUUACUGUAUGGAAGUUUUAGUAUAAUGGAUAUAUUUAAUCAAAUGUUGCCAUUUUAAACAAUGUUUACAAUAUACGUGAAAUAUUGGUGCUACAUUUACUUGGGUUAUGUAAUAAAUAAAACUUCACAGUA